AUGGGGCGGACACAUAUGGAUGCAAAGGGGGAGGAGGAAACACGCAUCGGGCUGGACUCGUGCGUCAUCCCCCUGCGCCACGGGGGCCUCUCGCUCGUGCAGACCACCGACUUCUUCUACCCGCUCGUCGAGGACCCCUACAUGAUGGGCCGCAUCGCGUGCGCCAACGUGCUCAGCGACCUGUACGCCAUGGGCAUCACCGAGUGCGACAACCUGCUGAUGCUGCUGAGCGUGAGCCAGGCCAUGAGCCCCGAGGAGCGCGACGCCGUGGUGCCGCUGCUGGUGCGGGGCUUCCGCGACGCCGCCGAGGAGGGCGGCACCUCCGUGACGGGCGGCCACACGCUGCUCAACCCCUGGCUCAUCGUGGGCGGCGCCGCCACCGUCGUCUGCCGCCCGGGCGACUUCAUCAUGCCCGACAGCGCCGUCCCCGGUGACGUCCUGGUCCUCACCAAGCCCCUGGGCACCCAGGUGGCCGUCACCGCCCACCAGUGGCUGGACAACCCCGAGCGCUGGAACAAGAUCAAGCUGGUGGUCACCAGGGAGGAGGUGGAGGCCGCCUACCAGGAGGCCAUGCUGAGCAUGGCCACGCUCAACCGCACC